UUAUACUCCAUCAGAAAACGAAGAAAAGGAGAAACAGGAGCCAAAUCUAGGGUUGAGAUGCCCUUUCAUCCCCGUCAAUCGCGAAAUCCACCAUAGACAUCAGUUGAGAGCUCCAUCAUCACAGAUCCGGCCAAGAGGCGAGCUCAGCGAAUCCCUGUGGCGAGGAAGCCACGAACCGCGCGAGCUGGGAACGAUGACCAUACAAUGCGCGAAGCCUCUCGAGGACGAAGAAGAGAUGGAGAUGGUGCGAGGGAAGCCUGCUGGAGACGACGACCUGUGCUGCGCAGAGAACAAAAAGUCCGGCUGUACCGUGCGCACGGUACAGCCGGCUGUACGAUGUAAUUUACCGUCACACCUCUGUUAUUUCCGGAUUCCGGAAGUUCCACAGAAAAGCCCAACGAUGAAACCGACGCCAACAUUAACUAGGUGCGGACGAAGAGAAAGGGCUUUGGUGCUUUCAAUUUGUAAACAAGCUGUGGAGGGCAACAACCAUGGGGAUUCUCCCUCGAAAACGAACCCCGAUUCGAAUUCAAUUUUCUUCUUCUUAUCUUACCAAAAGCAGGAGGCACCCGGCACGAACGGAGCCGUGGAAGUUUCUAAACCCCUAUCUCUGCCGGAGGUUACUAUUUUUUAGUUCGGUUCCGUCUCCUCUUCUGCCGACAAGGUAACGAUAUCCGGUUACUACCCCGUUUCCGAUGAGCUGGAGCCCUGCCGUUGGGAGAUUCUUCCGGCGAGUUCAUCCUCCCCCCCCCCCCUCCCCCCCAGUUUCACGUGGUAUUUUGAGCUGUGUGAGACCCCAGUGAGUUCGGAAAUCUAUCUCUGGUGUGCUGCAACUUUUGAUCUUCGUUAUGGACUUAUGGAUUAUGCUGUGAAUCUGGACUACUUUCUUGAUUUUUAUGAUUAAAGUACAAGUAUAAUUUGCAGUUCAUAGAGAAAGGGGUCAAUGAAAUGUAUGUCUUCUUUAUAUUCUGGAUUGCAGAUUAUACAUUCGAAGUACCCCAACUCUAAUAUGAUUCCUAAGAUGUAUGAUUCCCCCCAUUGGAGAAGACUUUGCUCUGCUAACAAUUUAGGAACUGAUCUGACCACUUCAGACAUUUCAGGGAAGCUUAUUCGGAUACCUGAGGCCUCAGACCUUCCAACUUUCACUUCCAAACAUAUUUGGAACAAUAGACAACAUUUAUCAAUUAAGUUAUUCCAAUGGAACCUCAUUCACAAAAUUAUUCCUAUCCCAGAAUAUCUCUCCAGAUUUCAAAUUUAUAUUUUCCCUUCCAUCUGCCCGUUUUGUACGCAGAAUUCAGCUUCUGAGAGGCAUAUUUUCCUUAAGUGUUCAAUCAUUGAACCGGUUUGGAGAUAUUUUAUGGUUAUUCUACAAAUACCUUACUCCUUAUUUGAUUGUUCAAUCAGACAUAUUUUUAUAUCUUGGUAGUUAGAAGCUGGGGAAAAGAAUUUGACUCACUUGUUUAAACAUUGCCUUCCGGGGAUUAUUUCUCGGCAUAUAUGGAAAUGCUAUGCUCAGAUGGUCUGGGAUGAUGAGCGUUUUACUGUCUCUUCCAAUUUAAUCAUAAACGGAAUUAAAAACUAUCUCAGAAACUGGUGUUGGAGAUUUAAAACUCAGAAAUGGGCGAAGACCAAUGCUAUUCUUUAUGAAACACUUCUUAGAUAUCCCAAUUUCAAACAAUACUCUCAUCGCUUCAUUCUGGUCAAAUGGAUUAAGCCUACUUUUAAGUAUAAGAUUAAUGUGGAUGCAGCUUUUUUACCUCAAAAAGCAGGAGGAGCUGUAAUGAGAAAUCAAGAAGGCUUGGUCAUCUUAGCAAUUGGUUUCCUCUACUCAACUGAUUCAGUUCUUGGUGCUGAGUUCGAAAUCAUCAACAAAUCAUUGCACUGGUUUGUACCAGCUGGUUAUUCUGAGUUCAUUCUUGAAUCUGAGUCAAUGGCUGCUAUCUCUAAUCUUCAUUCGACUUCUUACACUGGCUCUUGGUCUCAAGACUGGAAAGCAAUGAGACGACUGGCUGACGAAAAGAAUAUCAUCUUCACUCACUGGUCCUAAGGUAGAUCCGCCCCUGCUUGUACAUGAGCUUUUGAUUCUUUAUUUGAGUGUUUAUGUUUAUUACCCUAAUUCAUACAUCCAAAGUGAUGUACAAACCUACACCGCUACACGCCAAAGUUUUAUAGUCAUUAACUAGUUUUAACAUGCUUUAAAAUGUUAAUCUGAAAGCUUGACAUUAGACAUACAUUUAUUGAACUAUACUGUAUAAAAGAACAUAUUAAAAGUAAACCACAGAGGAGCACAGCUUCACCGAAGGCGCAGCAAGCCAGCACGCAGUACAAAUUCUUCUAUUUUUUAGUCUCCCCGCGACAACAGCAAGAACGACGGAUAAAUCAGAUGACUUGUUUUUUUUGGCAAAAUCAAACUCAAUUAUCAUUAAUAAAAUCGGCAUUCAAUACAUUAGUUAUAAAAUUAGGAGGAUAACACAACCAAAACUGACACUCAGACAUAGAACAAGCGGCUUUAGCUAACGCAUGUGCCACUUUGUUCGCAGAUCGCCGAAUAUAAUGAAAAGAGAUGUCCGUAAACCAAGAAUGUAUAUCUCGAAUGUCACCUGGAACCAAACUUGCUGCUGAAACACUUGAGCCCUCCAGGACUUCAGAAAUAGCCCGAGAAGCGUCGGACUCGACAUCCACAAAAUCACAUCCUUGAUGUUUACUCCAAGUAAGAGCUUCUCUUACACCGAUCAAUUCGGCUUCCCAUGGAGAUAAGCUGCCUUGCCAGCACUUUGAAGCCCGGUCAGAAAGCCCUCCCCCCUCGUUCCGUAGAAUCCACCCCAGACCGUAGCAGUUGCUUGACGCUUCUCACAGUGGCAUCAACAUUGAGCUUCACUCUCCCCACCGCAGGGCGCCUCCAAACUGAAGCACCACCCCACACAGAAGCUGUUGGAGCUCCCCCAGACUGCUGCACCUUCUCCCAUCCAGCAACGAAAGCUGCUGCUUUCUGCAAAAUAGCCCUGGCUUCCACCCGACCCCCAUUCCAAACCCGGUUGUUGUGCUCACACCAAAAGCCCCAGCAACCCCAAAUCAACUUACACAAAUCCUCUUUAUUUUUAGCCCGAAACUCCGCUUCCACCUGCUCCAGAAAACUGCCAGCCAAUGCUCUUGACCACCUCCAGCCCACUGCACUCCAUGCUUUCAUUGCCUCAGAAAACCGAACAAAAAGAUGCAUCGGAGAUUCCUCUGCAGCACCACAAAGACCGCAACUAACCGCACAGUCCACUCUUUUACCCCGCAAAUUUUCCAUUGUUGGCAAGAAACCACAGCACACCUGCCAGAAGAAGUUUUUUAUUUUUGGCAGUUGCCAAUUCCACAUUGAGGUCCAGCCCGUCCAUGCCCCUUCCCCAAACUCCCCAACAAGCUGCUGAUAGCAACUCCGCACAAAAACCCGGCCAUUGGAUUCCCACCUCCAGCAAAGAGUAUCCGGGAUUGAACGAUGACCGAGCGGGAUGCCUGGGAUAAGAUGCACAUCCCUGGCUUCAAAUAAAUCAUUCAAGAGGUCCAAAUCCCAUCCCAAACCCGGGCUAUGACGUAGAUUUUCCACCCGGAUUUGCUCCCAGGCCAGAAUCACAGUAGACACAACUUUAGGAUACUCCGAGUCCGGUAGCCAUGGGCCGGACCACACAUUAAUAGAAGCCCCGCUCCCAACCCUCCAGUAUUAGCCCUUCGUAAUAAUAUCAUGUGUUUGAAAAAUACCUUGCCAAACAAAAGAAGGAUUAUUUCCUAGUUUAAAGGUUAAGAAAUUACCAUCAGGAUAAUAUUUGGAUUUAAACACCUUCCUACCAGCGAAUCAGGUUCUGAAAAAAAUCUCAAAGCUCGGUAGAUACAUUAGAAACACAAAUGAGAUGACUUCGUUCAUUAGCUCGGUGGAUACAUUAGACGACUUACCCCCGGCACUGCAGACUAAAAAAAAAGAAAAAAGCUUCAGGGGUGCUGGAAGAUAUAAUAGAUAUAUAUACAGGAUUCCGGCGAAGGGAGCGCCGACAGCGGCUCGCCCCGGCCUGGUUCCGCCGCUAAGUCGACAAUCCUUCAACCGUGAAAAGAAUAUAAAAAAAUAAACAAGUCUGAGAGUUGAUUACAUACCAUCAUUUCCGUUGCCGGGCCUUGUUCACAAAUUGGAAGCACCGAAGUACUGUUUGAUUCCCUUCUCUGCGUCUGGGACUCUGGGUUUGCCUUAGAAAGGUAAAUAGCGGACUGGCUUUUCUUGUGGAAAUCACGGCAGUAACGUCAGUGACCUAGUAUUGAGGCUAUUGAUUAUUUACUUCUUUCUUGGGGCCGAAAUGUAAAUAAUAAAACAGAAUUUAGUAAUACUUGUACGAUGCUAACGUGGCUUCAGGAAAUAAUUUGAUUGGUCACCAUACUCAAAGGUACCGGUACCUUGUUAAUUUAAAGGCACCGUAGAAAUUCCCAAUUUCAUUAGCUCCCUCCGUUGAUUUUUUUUUUUUUUGAGAAACUUCCCUCCACAAUUUCAGGCUCUCAAAUGCUUCCCUCUCCAAUUAUUAGGCCCAAAAUUUAUUUCUCCAGGGACACUAGGUUUUAUUUCCGUCUCGUCCAGACUUUGCUCCCACAAGUGACUUAGAUCUGCCGCUGCAACUUCAACCAAUCUCGGCCAGACUCUGCUCCAACAAAUGACUUCUGCCGCUGCAACUGCAACCCAUCUCGGCUCUUCCAACUUUCAAGGUUUGCUUUCUUUCUCAAAUCUAAAAUCGUUCAAUCAUUGUAUACAGAAGUCUGGAAUAUAUGUUCGCUGAUUUGUUGAAUCAAUCAUCAGGUUUCGAAAACCAAGCUUAAAUGUAUCGAGAUCAGUUGUUUGGGAAGAAUGCACAUGGAGAAAUUGAAACAAAAAGGUUCAUUAUCGAUUGUGAAUUGUCAUUUUUAUUCUGUGCUAAGAGUAAAUUUAUGUUCAAGGUAUGCAAUAAACAAAAAUUGGCAGAUUUUCAUAGGGAAUUUUUAUUCAAUGUCGUUUUUGCAUGUAUAAGAUGAGACUGCUCUUCUCAUUGAAAAGUUGUGUCCAUUUGCUGGAGAAUAGAGAUACGAGAUCCCCAUGGGUUGAAGAAAAUGAUAUAAAGACCCUCUGUUUGCUUAGAUGUGAGCAUAUUAUAUACAAAUGAAAAUUGCACGCUUUAUGUUGAUGUUUGAGUGAGUUGUAUUCAACAUUUUCUGUUUUUUUUUGUUCCCAAGUGUACGUGUGUAAAAGAUUUGAUACUCGUUUCAAUUAAUCACCUUUCCUAUUUUCUAUAAAUUGCAUCUUUUGAAAAGUAUAUAUACAGAGUAUAAAUUUGUAAGAGGACUGUUGAUGUGAUAAUUGUUCCCUUUUCACUGUCCCUUUUGUGUUUACAGGCUUCGUGAUAUCUUUCAGUGUCCCUUUAGGAGAUGAUUGUUGUGUUUACAGAUUGCUGGAGGAGUGUUUUUAUGACAGCCCCUUUACUUAAUGAAAAACAAGGUAAUGUGAUGAAGGAAUCAUUUCUGCAGUCCAAUUGUUCAGCACCACUUUGAAUAAAUGUGAUGUAUUAGCAUUUGAGACAAUUAUGUUAAUGAUGUAAAAAAAAUCAAUUUUCCUUACAGAUGGUGUGUACUAUUCAUGACAAUCAAAUUGGGAUCAACUCAUGUGACAUAACUUUGCCACAAAAAAUGAAUACAGAACAACAUGUAUUGGUUUCUAUGUGAGGUAUUUACAUCGUUGUUCAUACUGAAAACAUUUAGUAUUGCAAUUUCUUACAAUAUUUUAUUUCAUUUUUAGGAAUAUCCCAUGAAGAACUAAAGUCACAAAACUCUAAGAGGACAUAAGAACAAUGGAAGCAAUGACUGACUUGCUUUGAGAAGUUCAACAUAUCAGAUACUUCAAUGAGGAAGAUGAACUUAUUUAGUCUUUGUAGUUGUAAUCAGAUAUAUGUAGCUUUUGAGACUUGAUGCCUUUUGUUAGUAAUAGUCUUUGUAUUGUUAAAUAGACUUCCUUCGUAAUUGUAUUUUGUACUCGUUAAGUUAAAUAUGCAGCUACAAUUUUAAUUAUUCCGAAUAAAUAAAAUUUGAUCUUCGGAGGAAAUGUACUGUAUUGGAGGUGUGAUGUGUG